CGGCACGGACGGGGUGGAUCCAGCUUACUCCCCUCCCCCCGAACGGCGGCGGCGGCGGGCGCUGAAUGAGAGACGCCGACUGCUCGGGUCGCCAGGCGCUAGCCUAGGCGGCGGCGGCGACGGCGGACCUUGAGGCCGACGUCGUGUUCCCAUCCUCCGAGGCGACGGCGGCGGCUGCACAGAUGACUGGACUGUAGAAACUCUGUUGGAACCUAUAAAACUCCUAAAACUAGAAUAAUAAUGUAUUUGUGGCCUUGGACAUGAAGCAGUCAGUCUUCUGUUACUGUUAACAUAGCGUCAAGGACUGAUGUUGUGGGAAGCAUGGACCUCAUGAACGGGCAGGCAAGCAGUGUUAAUAUUGCUGCUACUGCUUCUGAGAAAAGUAGCAGUUCCGAAUCAUUAAGUGACAAAGGUUCUGAACUGAAGAAAAGCUUUGAUGCUGUGGUAUUUGAUGUUCUUAAGGUUACACCAGAAGAAUAUGCGGGUCAGAUAACGCUAAUGGAUGUUCCAGUAUUUAAAGCCAUUCAACCAGAUGAGCUUUCAAGUUGUGGAUGGAAUAAAAAAGAAAAAUAUAGUUCUGCACCAAAUGCCGUUGCCUUCACAAGGAGAUUUAAUCACGUAAGCUUUUGGGUUGUUAGAGAAAUUCUUCAUGCUCAGACGUUAAAAAUUAGAGCAGAAGUUUUGAGCCACUAUAUUAAAACUGCUAAGAAACUGUAUGAGCUGAAUAACCUUCAUGCACUUAUGGCGGUGGUUUCUGGCUUACAGAGUGCUCCAAUCUUCAGGUUGACGAAAACAUGGGCGUUACUAAGUCGAAAAGACAAAACUACCUUUGAGAAAUUAGAGUAUGUAAUGAGUAAAGAAGAUAAUUACAAAAGGCUCAGAGACUAUAUAAGUAGCUUAAAGAUGACGCCGUGCAUUCCCUAUUUAGGUAUCUAUUUGUCAGACUUAACAUACAUUGAUUCAGCAUACCCAUCAACUGGCAGCAUUUUAGAAAAUGAGCAGAGAUCAAAUUUGAUGAAUAACAUCCUUCGAAUAAUUUCUGACUUACAGCAGUCCUGUGAAUACGAUAUCCCCAUGUUGCCUCAUGUCCAAAAAUAUCUGAACUCUGUUCAGUAUAUAGAAGAACUACAGAAGUUUGUGGAAGAUGAUAAUUACAAGCUUUCAUUAAAGAUAGAACCAGGGACAAGCACACCACGUUCUGCUGCUUCCAGAGAAGAUUUAGUAGGCCCUGAAGUGGGAGCAUCUCCACAGAGUGGAAGGAAAAGCAUGGCAGCUGAAGGGGCCUUGCUUCCACCGACACCUCCGUCCCCUCGGAACCUGAUUCCCCAUGGACAUAGGAAGUGCCACAGCUUGGGUUAUAAUUUCAUUCAUAAAAUGAACACAGCAGAGUUUAAGAGUGCAACGUUCCCAAAUGCAGGGCCAAGACACCUAUUAGACGAUAGCGUCAUGGAACCCCACGCACCGUCUCGAGGCCAAGCUGAAAGUUCUACUCUUUCUAGUGGAAUAUCAAUAGGUAGCAGUGAUGGUUCUGAACUAAGUGAAGAAACCUCAUGGCCUGCUUUUGAGAGGAACAGAUUAUACCAUUCUCUCGGGCCGGUGACACGCGUGGCACGAAAUGGCUAUCGAAGCCACAUGAAGGCCAGCAGUUCUGCAGAAUCAGAAGAUUUGGCAGUACAUUUAUAUCCAGGAGCUGUUACUAUUCAAGGUGUUCUCAGAAGAAAAACUUUGUUAAAAGAAGGCAAAAAGCCUACAGUAGCAUCAUGGACAAAGUAUUGGGCAGCUUUGUGUGGGACACAACUUUUUUACUAUGCUGCCAAAUCUCUAAAAGCUACAGAAAGAAAACAUUUCAAAUCAACAUCAAAUAAGAACGUAUCUGUGGUAGGAUGGAUGGUGAUGAUGGCUGAUGACCCAGAGCAUCCAGAUCUCUUCUUGCUGACUGACUCUGAGAAAGGCAAUUCCUACAAGUUUCAAGCUGGCAACAGAAUGAACGCGAUGCUGUGGUUCAAGCAUUUGAGUGCAGCCUGCCAGAGCGACAGACAGCAGGUUCCUACAAACUUGAUGACUUUUGAGUAAAAGCCUAAGAAAGAAGCGAGGUGAACUGUUGCCCCUAAGUAAGAGCGAGGAGCUGCUGGAGCGCCAGCUAUAAACCAGUUCUGUGCCAGAAGGAGCCCAGAGGCUCCGUCUCAGCCUUGGGAAUUCCGAACCAAAAAAGCACUAAUUUCAGGGAAUGAAGUGAGCUAUUCCCAGAGAACAAAUUGGAGUUACACAUCAAACUGCCAUGGACCACGCUUCUUUUCUCCAAACUGACCUGCAGAAACCACUGCCUUAACAGAAUGAAAGGGAAACCAACAUGAAACACCAAAUAGUGCGUGUGACUCUUCCGGCGGUGCUGUGCUUGGGGUAGAUUGUAGCUGACUUGCAUUUCUUUUAACUUUGUACUAAUUUUGGAGGGGGGAUCGCCUUUUUUAGAAACACUUUACAAAAGAGAAACUUAUUUCUUAUGGGCUGUGUGAGGGGCUGGUUUUGACCUGAGGUGUGAAGACACCUGCCUGAGGAGUAGGGUGCCAGCAGCUUACCUGAAAGGCCGCUCGGCUUCCAGGAAUCUGCAGCCUCCCUGGCUUUCCCACAGCGAGAGUUUAGAAACUAGACGUGUUCACAAUGUGAGUUGUUGGGGUUUGUUUGGAAUUGGGGGUGGGGUUUGCUUUGAAUGAGGGGAGAGGUUUUCUUUAACACUAAAGUUCUGAAAUUUAGUACUGUAUGGGGAACCUCAUUUCCUGCAGGAGGCAUAAAGGCUGAGUGUUCCUAUUCCAGACGCUCUUUCAAGUGGGCUCCGGAAAACAUGGGUGUUUUUAACUGGGUUUAAAGUUCAACCUUCUGUUUGAAUUCAUUGUUGGACCACAGAUCUGCUUAGGAAAGAACCAUAAUCCCAACCUAAACUUCUCUGAGAUUUUACAAUAAUUACAUUUUUUUCAAGUUAAUUGAAUUAUCCCUUCUACCAGUCACUGGUGAUUUUUAUCAUCAAGGUGAUGUAUUGAUGUUUCAUCAGAAUAUUUUCUCUUACAGGGUGUAAUGUCUACAAUGCCAGUUAUUUUUUUUAUUCAUUUUCAUUAUUUUUGUUAAAUAGGAGAUUCAGGAUCACAUUUGUUUAUAAGAGCUUUCACGUGUGUAUGUGUAUAUGUAUUUUAUUAUAAGGUGUAUGAAAUAAUUUUAAAAGGGAAAAAGGGGAAAGAUUGAGAUUCUGGGAAUCUUAAGUAUCAAAACUUUCCUUCUCCUAUAACUUUCCUUUUUUACAAAACAUUUUUCUGAAAACUUAACUGUUGGUCCCUGCCAUGAAACCCUUGUUUCCUCACUAGUCGAUCAAGCUGUUUUGUGAGAGCUCUUCCAUGCAGCAGUACAUUUAAUUUCCAGAAUAAAUGUUGAAUUGCAAAAAAAAAAAAAAAAAAAAGUUCAAA